CGGGUCGCACCAGUGUGCGCCCCAGGCCAAUGGUAUCGUUUUCUUUUCUGUUAUCACCACAUGAUUGGACAAUUCAGCGAAUUGAUCAAAUAGGCUUCCUCCCUCAGCAGCAUUCGCGCACCACAACUACAUGUCGAGAAGAGAUAGAUCGCUAACCAGCAGAGAGUUGUAAGCACUUUCCACCCUUUUCAGUGGAGGAUUGGACUCCCCAAGUAAUGUUAUACUUAAAAGGAGCAAGUAAGUUACAUAUUAAUUUAGUCUUUCGGCCUUUAGCAUAUAAACAAAAUUAAGCAACUGUCCCAUAUUUCUAACUGCAUUUGAAGUAAACAUUGAGACUCACAAAAAAUGGACGCUAUAGGACAGUGAUCACGAUUUGUCUCAAUAUCAGAAUAACAACAAUGGGUCAAAUAGCAAUGACUGGUGGAAUGGCCAUGAAGUAGGUCUGUAUACGCAGUGUAAGCUUGUCCAGGCCCUGCAAGUCAGGAUGUAGGCUAUGAAUCUGAAUGAGAAGUAGGUAAAUAGUUAGUGGCCAUACCCCAAAUGCACCAGAAUACAGGUAAUCAAAUCUAUUAAAUCAAAACAAAUUAUGGGGGGGAGACCUCGGAACCCCUGUCUUUUACUGUGCCCCGCCAACAUUUUUGAUCGCCAGCUGCCACUGUUGUUAGAUAUGAUCAGCACCACCAAAAAGGAGAGCACCACUGAAGAUAAAAGCAGCGAGACUGACACAAGACCAAGUAACAUAAUCUUAGAUAUUAUUUCAGACUGUUGCAAUUAGCAUUCUGGAGUGAGUUGAAUUUUAAUGCAUGAUAUGAAUUGUUGGGGAAUGUCCACAAUUGAAUUAAAUACGACAAUUCUGCAUUAUUAUGGACCAUUCAAUAUUUAUCCAUCAAUCUGUUUGCGUUCCUGAGUUGCUUGCUGAUGCUAUUUGCAAAAAUGUAUCCUUUAUCUAGAUCUAUGUGCCUUGCCAUGUGGGUGUGCAGGUGUGUGUGUGUGUGUGUGUGUGUGUGUGUGUGUGUGUGUGUGUGUGUGUGUGUGUGUGUGUGUGUGUGUGUGUGUGUGUGUGUGUGUGCGUGUGCGUGUGUGCGCCUGUCUCUGUGUGGGUAUGUUUGUGAAUAAUUCUCAUCAUGAACAAUUAAGAAAGUUUUGUUUCCGAUAAAUUAUCGAUUUAUAGAAGUGAGAGUUUAUCACAAUGUUUUUAGUGAAUUUAAAUCAACGUAAUAUUUGUAGGAUUCAAUUCAGCUCCCCUAUAGGCCAUACUUUGUUGCAGUUAUUUGAAAUGUCAAUAUCACAACUCCAAAACCAUUUUUGUCAUUUAAUCUCCUAGACAAAAGUGUACGUUGCAUCUCAGGAAUGUACAAUCUACAAUCGAGACUCAAUAAUAUGCUACAUUGAAAUCAUAAGGUCAUACGACCGAAUGUUUGAUAGACCUACUCUAAAACAGUAUUGACAUCCCAGUUUUGAACUCUAAGGGACGCUGUUGGUCAGUGAAAAAAUAGUGUGUGUUCAGAUUAUGCUAGUUGGAGCUUCCCAUCCCUUUAAUUGCGACGGAGAGGCGAACUGAACCACGGCGAAGCAUCCAGGGUGGAGCUCGACCGAGGCACGCUCGCUUCGAAACUCGUCUUGUUGUUUAAAGGGAAUUUAAAUCAAAUUGAGGGUUACAAUUAUUUUACUGGAGCUUGAUUUUUUCCUUUUCUCUUUUUGUGGAUAUUAUUGUGGGUUUCGUCGAAGAUUAAUUGCUUUUGAAAAUGGCGUUACGCCACAACGGGUGGGAAUGUUGCUUUUCAUGUCGGAGUAAAAUGUGGAUAAUUUUUCUUUAUUUCGUGAUUUUUCUGAACGUUGCCAGUGGCCAGAUCCGGUAUUCUAUUCCGGAGGAGAUGAAAAAGGGGUCGCUUAUCGGCAACGUUGCGCAGGAUUUAGGGUUGGAUCUGAAAAGGCUUCGUUCAGGCCGAGCAAGAAUCUUGACGGGAGAAAGCCCUCAAUACGCCGAUCUGAGGACAGACAAAGGGAUUCUAGUCGUGAACGAAAGGAUGGACCGAGAGCAGCUCUGUGGCGACGUUACACCAUGUAGCUUUAGCUUUGAAAUCAUCUUAGAAAAUCCAAUCGAACUGCAUCGUGUGAUAAUUGAAAUAUUGGACAUAAAUGACCAUUCGCCCGCUUUUAAAAGCAGAAACAUAUUUCUUGAAAUUAGUGAAAUCGCUGCAGUUGGUUCUCGCUUUGAUUUAGAGAAUGCAGAUGAUCCUGACGUAGCGAUUAAUACUUUACAAAAUUACUUGUUAACAUCUAAUGAUAAUUUUGUCCUGAAGCAACAUUCAAAGGCAGACGGAAGCAAAUUUGCACAAAUGAUUCUUCAAAAGCCACUAGACAGGGAGACUAAUCCCCAUCUUUCAUUAAAACUAAUCGCAGUUGACGGUGGAACUCCGCAGAGAUCUGGUACAGUUAAUAUAGAUAUCACUGUUAUAGAUGCUAAUGAUAAUGCUCCAAUGUUUAAACAGUCUGUGUACAGAGCUACAGUAAUAGAGAAUGCUCCCAUUGGGACCUAUAUUACAACUGUCAAUGCUUCAGACGCUGAUGCUGGUUCCUAUGGUUUGGUAGCGUAUUAUUUCUCCAAUUUAAAGGGUGGGUUAGCUGAAAUAUUUAAUAUUGACAGUGCAUCCGGUAAAAUAACAACUACUGGUAAUCUAGACUAUGAAAAACUCAAAAAAUAUGAAUUUAGGGUUGGGGCAAAAGAUCAGGAUGGAUUAAAUGAUGGAAGCAACAUAAUAAUUGAGGUGAUAGAUGUCAAUGAUAAUGCCCCAGUAAUUAAUGUGAUGUCAUUCUCUAGCCCUGUUUCAGAAGACGCCCCUACUGGGACCACCAUAGCUGUAAUCAAUGUAAAAGAUUCUGAUUCAGAGAAAAACGGACAGAUAACAUGUUCAAUUGAUACAAAUCUCCCAUUUAAAAUACAAUCCUCAUUAACUAAUUAUUACAACCUGUUGUCAGAUGUAGUUUUUGACCGUGAAACAACGUCAGAAUACAACGUAACCAUCACAGCGACAGAUUCUGGGUCACCUCCCUUAUCCAGUGCAACAACUUUAAGGCUUGUUAUUUCUGAUGUGAAUGACAAUGCACCGAUAUUCACUAAAAAGAGCUAUUCAGCUCAUGUUGUAGAGAACAAUGUGCCGGGGGUCACCAUAUUCACUGUCAGUGCUCGAGACGUAGACUGGAAUCAUAAUGCCAGAGUUUCGUAUCUUCUGGAGGACACGCAGGUCAGUGGUAGUCCAGCCUCUACUCAUGUUUCUAUCAACUCUGAAACUGGAGUUCUGUAUGCAGCGCGCUCUUUUGACUAUGAACAAAUUAAAGCACUGCAGCUAGUUGUUAAAGCUCAAGAUGGAGGCUCUCCUCCCCUCAGUAGUAAUGUGAGUGUGAGAAUACUGAUCCAGGACCAGAACGACAACGCCCCUCAGGUUCUGUAUCCAGUCCAGACUGGUGGUUCUCUGGUGGCUGAAAUGGUGCCUCGUUCAGCAGAUGUGGGCUAUCUGGUCACUAAAGUGGUGGCUGUUGAUGUGGACUCUGGACAGAAUGCCUGGCUCUCCUAUAAACUACAGAAAGCCACAGACAGGGCGCUGUUUGAAGUUGGCUUACAGAAUGGAGAAAUAAGAACUAUCCGCCAAGUUACUGAUAAAGAUGCUGUGAAACAAAGACUGACUGUUAUAGUGGAGGACAACGGAAAGCCCUCUCGUUCAGCUACGGUCAUUGUUAAUGUGGCAGUGGCGGACAGCUUCCCUGAAGUGCUCUCGGAGUUCACUGACUUUACACACGACAAGGAGUACAAUGACAACCUGACUUUUUACUUGGUCUUGGCUUUGGCUGUGGUUUCCUUUCUCUUCAUCACGUGUUUAGUGGUGAUCAUAUCAGUGAAAAUCUACAGAUGGAGACAGUCUCGUAUCCUGUAUCAUUCCAGUCUCCCGGUGAUCCCAUAUUAUCCACCACGGUACUCAGACACUUUGGGGACAGGGACUCUCCAGCACGUGUACAAUUACGAGGUGUGCAGGACCACUGACUCCAGGAAGAGUGACUGUAAGUUCGGCAACGCUGGUAGCCAGAACGUUCUGAUAAUGGACCCCAGUUCUACAGGGACCAUGCAGCGAAUACAGAGUGAAAAGAGCAUCCUGGAUGAACCAGACUCUCCACUAGAGGUGAGUUCUAUCAGAUGUGGUUGUGCAUGAAUGUUGAUUUGUAGCUCAUUCGAUAUGUUCAGCACCACAAAAUCGACAGCUCUCUUGGAAGAUGAGGGCAGGCAGACUGAGUUCUAUCAUGUUGAAGCUCUUUUUAGACCUUUCAAAAGAAUGGGUCACAAUCAAUGGCAGGAUUAAUGAAUAUUUAGUAUUUGGAAUGUGGUAAACAGCAUUGGUACAUGCAUUAUGGCACAUCUGUUUUUUCAGAUCGAUACCUUGUGAGGCAAACACUGUGUGUGCGUGUGCGCAUGUGUGUUAGUUUAAAUGUACACGUAAAUAAUGUUCAACCUCAUGAGCAUUCUAAAAGUUAUUUUUCGAAAACAUUUUUAACUCUGAUUAUGAGAGAUUACGAUGUCACCUAUAUUGAAACCUUAUAUAUGAUUGUUUGUUUUUGCGUAGUAAAAAAAUACUGUCUCUCUCCAUCUUUACAUGUACUUGUGCAUAGAUAUUAUAAGUGAGUGCAAUCGGUGUGAUAUCCUCAUUGUAUUAAAAAUAAUCAUGGCAGUUUUA